CCCUGUGAUAGUGGAGCAGCUUUCACUGCUAAGUACAACACAACAAUAUGGCUUACGCUUGGUCUACUAAGAAAAGAUCUCUAUCUCUAGUGAGGAGGUACGGAUUCUUUCAUUGUCCAAAAUGCAGUCAUUCUUGGCAGAGUGCUCAUGUUUACUGUGAUCCAGUGACAGAACAGGUGAAAUACAGACAGAGAUGUCAAAGCUGCCACAUUUUCUACAAACCAUUUCAAGUUGAACCCAUCAGGUGCAGCAAUUGUGGCGAAGUCGCUGAAGAUUGCGACUGUGCUAGAGAAGGCCGCGGGGCCCACACCAAAUCUCACAGGCAGGACUUGUGUGAGAGGUGCCUAAUAUGUCCUGUAAAAUGUCGACAGUCUUACAGUCGAAAACGUCGUUCCGUCCUUCAACUCAUGAAAAUGUGGAAAUCGAAAUUCAACGAGAACAAAGUUCUUCUCGGUGAUGAGGACGAGGAGGAUGACGACGAGGAGGAUGAUGGCGAGGAGGAUGAUGACGAGGAUGAUGAUGACGAGGAGGAUGAUGACGAGGAGGAUGAUGACGAGGAUGAUGAUGACGAGGAGGAGGAUGACGAGGAGGAGGAUGACGAGGAGGAUGAUGACGAGGAGGAUGAUGACGAGGAUGAUGAUGACGAGGAGGAUGAUGAAGAGGAGGAUGAUGACGAGGAGGAUGAUAAAAGUGAUAAUGAUAAAGUUGACAUGGGAUGGCAUCUUAAUGAUGAUGGCGAUGGUAAUGAAGAAUCUGACAUAGGAGAUGAUGAUGAUGGUAAUUACGACGAAAGAGACGAAAGAUAACGUAGAGGAUAACACCAAGUGUUGAUAGUGAUAGAAGCAGUUAACUAAAUGAUUCGAACAAUAGAUAUAAGGAACAUGUUAAAUAUGUAGAUGACGAGAGCUAUGACGAUGAAAUAGAAAAGGGAUGGAAUACUUACUAAUAAAUUCACAUUAACGAAACUAUAACAGCAUUAAACAUACAUACCUGUAUCAGCUAGGAAUAUGAUCGUCUGUAUCAACAAUGAAUAUGAUCGCCUGUAUCAACAAAACAUAUUAUCGCCUGUAUCAACAAAUGAAUAUGAUCGUCUGUAUCAACAAAACAUAUGAUCGUCUGUAUCAACAAUGAAUAUGAUUGCCUGUAUCAACAAUGAAUAUGAUUGCCUGUAUCAACAAUGAAUAUGAUCGUCUGUAUCAACAAUGAAUAUGAUUGCCUGUAUCAACAAUGAAUAUGAUUGCCUGUAUCAACAAAACAUAUUAUCGUCUGUAUCAACAAAUGAAUAUGAUCGUCUGUAUCAACAAUGAAUAUGAUUGCCUGUAUCAACAAAACAUAUUAUCGCCUGUAUCAACAAAUGAAUAUGAUCGUCUGUAUCAACAAUGAAUAUGAUUGCCUGUAUCAACAAUGAAUAUGAUUGCCUGUAUCAACAAAACAUAUUAUCGCCUGUAUCAACAAAUGAAUAUGAUCGCCUGUAUCAACAAAUGAAUAUGAUCGUCUGUAUCAACAAAACAUAUGAUCGCCUGUAUCAACAAUGAAUAUGAUCGUCUGUAUCAACAAUGAAUAUGAUCGUCUGUAUCAACAAUGAAUAUGAUUGCCUGUAUCAACAAUGAAUAUGAUUGCCUGUAUCAACAAUAAAUAUGAUCGUCUGUAUCAACAAUGAAUAUGAUUGCCUGUAUCAACAAUGAAUAUGAUCGUCUGUAUCAACAAUGAAUAUGAUCGUCUGUAUCAACAAUGAAUAUGAUCGUCUGUAUCAACAAUGAAUAUGAUCGUCUGUAUCAACAAUGAAUGUGAUCGCCUGUAUCAACAAAUGAAUAUGAUUGCCUAUAUCAACAAAUGAAUAUGAUGACCUGUAUCAACAAUGAAUAUGAUCGUCUGAUUAACAAAAAAAAAGUACAAAAAGAAAAAAAGAAAUGUAAGUAAAAAUUCCAGUAAUUGUGUACGAACAAAAAGUUACUUCAAACCAACUAAAUAUAGCUCUAUCAUUUACUGAUGCAAUUACGAGUUUUUGGAUUCAAAAGUACACAUGUGUGAAUUCUAUUUGAAACUUCUAAAAAAAACAAUAAAUAACUUUUUAAAAUAGAUAUUGACUUUCAUAGUUCAGAUAAUGAAGCAUGUAUAUUAACAAUAGCAUUAGUAUAUAUAAGAUAGUUCUACAUAGUAGAUAAGAUAAGAUAAGAUAAUAUGACCCAAUUAAAUGGAAAUUCAGUUUGAUUACAAUUGACAACCUCAGCGUAACUACUGUACAAUAACAGUAUAGAUGCAAAUACGAACAACAUUCACACACGAAACAUAUACUCACUAAUAACCAGCGCUUAAUAAAUAGACUUCUAUGAACUUCUCGAUGACGACAGAUGAUCUUGUAACACUCUGACCGAAAGUGGGAUGAAGGAGUUUUUAAAUCUUUCUGUUUUAGUCCUAAUGGAAAGGAGACGACCACUUCGUUCAGAUCUUAUGUAACAGUGGUUUAAUGGGUGUAGGUUAUCUUUAAGAGUCGUGAGUGCUUUGGAAAGGCAUUUUUCAAGAAAAAGUUCUUCAAGAGAUGGUAGCUGUGUUCGAGUGAUGUAUGAUGCUUUUUUAAUUAGUCUAUUUAGUCUUUGUGCCAGUGAAGUAUUACCAUACCAGCAGUUGAUGGCAAAGUUAAUUAGACUGCUGAUGGUUGCUGUAUAAAAAAGUUUAAUUAUUGAUUUGUCGAUGUUAAAUUUCCUUAGCUUUCUAAGAUAGUAGAGACGUUGGUGAGUUUUGGUGUAAAGGUUUUGACAGUGUUCACUUUAUUUCAUUUUGUUGUUAAUGGUUGUACCUAGGUAUUUAUAUUCUUGCACUUCUUCUACGGUUUGGUUGCUUAUCUGAAUUUCUUCAAGAUGGCCAUUAUGUUUCCUAAAAUCUAUUUUCAUUUCUUUAGUUUUCUGAACAUUUAAAAUUAGAAAGUUAUCUAUACUCCAUUGGUAAAAAGUGUUAAUAUUUAAAUGGUAAAGAUUUUCGUCACCUGCAAUAAGGCCAAUGAUUGCUGUGUCGUCAGCAAACUUUAUGAUGGGAGUGUCAGCUGAUAGGCUCUGAAUGUCAUUUGUGUAUAUGGUAUACAAUACUGGUGACAUAUUAUGUUCCUAUAUUGUGAUUUGUUUUCAUUUCGAUGUUGUCUUUGAAAUAAAACCAUAACAAACGUUUCA